AUGCAGGCAAUGCCUAAGCAGAUUAACCCAGUAUAUAAAGGCAAAAACAAGAAAUACAUUGAUACUCAAGACUGCUUUGAAGCGGUAGUAAACUCUGCCUGUCAUGAACCACGUACUUUGCACUUUGCCCCUGACCACGAAUCCCCGACUAUUGGAAUGUUCUGGAAUCUCAUGCUGAGAUUCAACAACCCCAGUGUCCAGAACCUUCCAGGACCUUCCAAGACUAUCCACGCAACAAACCUCCGCUUCCAAGAGAUUAGUAAUCAUGACUCGUUUCCAAGCAUCUCCGACGCCAAGCAAUUAGUAAUCAUGACUCAUGGGUUUCGGCCACGUAAGCUGAAACCAACACUAAGACUAAUUAAGUACGCCAAGACAUUCUUAAAUGCAAACCCAUGUUAUCUGAAAAGAUAUAAAUACUCUCCCUUUCCAUUGCCUUCCCCGUUCCACGUCGAUUAUCUUGUAUCCUUCCCCUUCCCUGUAUAAUCUAUUACUAUUAUUAAAUACUUUAUAAACCACUCUUCCUUUGUCUUUGUAUAACUACACCAAGGCUAUAAUGUUUCGCCUGAUUCGUCCAAAUGGACGAAUUUUUAGUAAGUGUUUACCCAUUUACCCAAAAAAAACGGAUUGGGUAAAUUUACCCAUUUACUCGUUUAGACGAAUUUAUAGUAAGCGUUUACCCAUUUACCCAAAAAAAAAAAAAAAAAAAAAAAAAAAAACAAAAAAACCGGAUUAAAUGCAUAAUUAAGGGGGUGUAUUGUCGUAUUUG